CCGCGCCCCGAAGCUCGGCCUGGCCGGCAGCGGGGAAUGGGGGAUCCUCCCCCCGCCGCUCUUACUCGUUUGGCCGGUCCCCUCCCUACGCUGAGCGCUGGGAUUCCGUGCGGUGCGUCUCCCGCUUGGGACCGAGAGCUGCUGAAAGAGAAGCGGCGGCGACGAGAAGAGUUGUUCAAAGAGCAGAAGAAAAGAAAAUUACUUCCUGAAAAUGUUCUAGAGGAGUUAAUUUCAGAACAACAAAAUAAAAACAAUAAACAGUCUGAAACAAUCAAACAAGGUGAAGAUGGGUCUAAAAAUAAGAAGAAAAAACGUAAGAGGGGAAAGGACAAAAAGAAACAAGCAGUUGUUAGAAUGAAAGGAAGCUAUAUGGCAAUGCGCUUAAAAGACCAAGAUCUAACCAGCCAGCACCAACAAAUAGCCAAAGAAUUCAUACAGAGACACCUUUAUGGACCAGGCACCAACCGAACAACUGCGAAUCAGUUCUUUUCUUUUGUGAACAAGAAAAGUUCAGUUAAAAAAGCUGCAGUUCAGUUUGUGAACAAGGCUUGGGGGACAGAGAAAAAACAGAAAGCUAAGCAGUUUAAAAAGCGCUGGAUAUCUACAAAGAUAGCAUCAUCAUCUGUAUGAAAAAAGUCAUCCUGUAAUGGCUACUAUUGAAAUUUGCCCAGCAAAAUACUGCCUCUCUCUCAAUGUGUUUGUCUGUAAAGUUCCUGUGUUACUGUUGUAACUGCUUUGAACAGUGUGGGGUCAAGUGAAUGGCUUUUGCAGACACAGCCACUUUCCUUUAAGUAAACAUGGUCAGUAAAGUUGUGUGUUAAACUGUCACCAGUUUUCUGCAACAUGCAGUGGGUAAGAGUUGCCUUAUGUUUUGGUAUGGUCUGAUAGUUAUAUUUGUAUUUGAAUCCACACACUAUGCCCUUUUUGGUUCAAGUGUGUAACCUUACUUUGGGGGUGCUUUCUAUGUGACUAAUACCCUUGCUCCUGAGAAAUAAGUCAAUCGAUAGCUUAGUUGUGUCAGCUAUAGACUGAUUUUAAAGAACAAACUUUGACUCACUGUGCAACUUAAGUUUUCAAAAUGUAGAUCUUGUACAUUAUACCAUACCUGAGAAUAAAACCUAUUUUAAGUAA